AUGAAAGCAAGCAUCAUCUCUCUCUCCCUUCUCGGCCUUCUGUGUGCCGGAGUUGGCCUCGCCGUCCCGGUCGACGACGUUGCGGAUGCGCCGGCUGAGGUAGAUGGAGAUGCCUCCAUCCAGGAGAUCCUGCGAGGGGCAAACCUGCAGCAGCGUGACGCAGCAGUGCACUGCGCAGAAGCGCCCGGGAAGCGUCUAUCACGCUCCGUGCCCCAACAACCACCGCUGUGGGGCGAGACAUACUUGCAACCUCGACACCAUCCGGCUCACAGCUGUCUGUAG